CCAACCUCCUCCUGCCCUGGCAUCAAGCACCGACAACGAGCGACGACGAGGACGACGACGAGGAUGCUAUAUUGAGUCUCACCGUUCGACCCUCCAGCUGCACUUCCAUUACCGCUUCUCAGGCUACUUUACCGUCCAGCCAUUGUCCCGCCCUCUUCCUUUCAACUCGCAACAAUUUCGAUCCCAACUAUAUCCAGCUGUCCCGGUCAGUUGCCCAAUAUCCAAGUUCCGCCUAAGCUCAACCAUCUGGGCCGACCUUGUAUAACCUGUUUAAUCGAGUUUUGUCCACAGUGGUUUUAUCUACUCUACAUGAAGAGAGCCAGGUUGAGAGCUCUCGUCUGUUGCUCGUUGAAAUUCCAAAGAUCGACCGCUUAAGCCCUUAAAAAAAAAAAUUACACCAUCAACGAACACUUUCUUUUGAUUUCGGCCCAGCCACCUCCAACCUACCCGAAACCUAUUAAUAUCAGUCAGGUGGCGAGGCCAACACGGAAUGACUUGUCAUCCUCCCUUCUAUCGUGUCUGCCGAGGUCAACGUCUAAGUUCACCAACAGGCACAAGAAGUUCUACUUGAUACUAUCUUAUGAAGAUAGAAUUAGAUUCUCUUGGAUACACGAACUACAACAGCUACGGACGAGCCAAUCCGGCUGGAGGUUCCUUCAGUAUGGACACAUCUCCCCUGAGGCUGCGCCAAUCUCAAGCGGGCGAAGCAAUCGAAUGCUGGGAUGACGACGAAGAUCUACAGUGUAAUGAUUAUAUCCAGUUCCGUACUGUUUCGGCCGGUACCUCUGUGGCAGGAUCGUCUUCCUUCCGGCCAUCCGGCCAUCGUGACUCUAUAUCUUCUCGUCGUUCCUGCAGAUCUGAUCUGGAUUCUAAUGGUGGCGAUGAGGAGGAUUGGCAAUUGCUGUUACAUGACAAUGAUGAGGCUGCAACAAAGGACGCAAUCGCCUCUGCCAAAAGUGCCGGCAUUCCGCUUCCUGCUGAUGUACCCAGCUCGGCUUUGCUAGGUGGCACGAUAAAGCGCCUUGGUGGCAGAAAAAUCAAAAAGACCCUAGGAGACGAUUGGUCAGAAGAUCUCGACUUGUCUGGUGUUGAGGGGGACCUCAAACUGAAAUUGAAUCUCGAUGAGAUAUUCCCAGAUUCGCUACGCCAGCUUGGGUCACCUGCUGACUUAAGUCCUGUGAAAUCUCGAGAUUUGGAUUCCGAUCCGUUUAUCACUGACAAUAGCAAUCUUUCACCGUCGCGGAAACGGAACUUUACCAAUUUAGAUCGGUUUCGUGAUACGGAGGACGACAGCUCUUUCCACGAUGUUCCAACUAUCAAAAUUGCAAAAUCACGGCAGCAACAGACCAUCCUCCCAACACCUACGGCAAAACCAACUGAAGACGAUGAAAACUUUGAGUCUGAUCUGGAAUUCCCUCCUGAUGGUGAACCUUUGAAACUCUCCACGAGAAAAGACAGAAUUAAAUCUCUAGAACCUUCCCUUGAUGACCUUGACACUGAUUGGGCGGAGGGUAGCAUUGGAGUGCGUUUUGGUGGGACAAAGAGAGACGGAUUUUCUAAUCGUAGCUCCACAGUCUCAGUACUGAGUCCAAGUGUCUCGAGUUGCUUAACUGCUGAAAGUGAAGAUGAUGGACUUGAUGGCCUCCUAUUGCCAGAUGGCCCGUUGGAUCUUGAGCAGGCUAUCAAGAGGAGGCAGCAAUAUCAGUUGUCACAUUCGCCUCAAACUUCUGCGCCACAACAAAGCCCAAAGCGUGCCGCCCCGCCUAAUGAGGAUUUCUUUUCUGGCAUUGAAAUCGGUGAUGGUGAGAUUUUUGAUUCGAGUAAACUGACUCUGAACCGUAAUAUCAAACUCAAAACUACCAGGCCUGUUAGCCCAGCGAGGCGUACCGCCACCAGCAUCACAUUCACCAACAAACCUCCAACACCCCUUACCACUCGAAUACCUAGAUUAUCCGGCCAUGAACGCCCUCAUUCUACCCACCUCGAGCCAGUCUCCGAAAGUGGGGCGCCACCUCCCAAGUAUCGACGGCCACAUUCGCGUCUAAGUGGCCACAGUACCCAGAGUACCCAUUCGUCUCUCUCAAGUAUCCCUCUUCCCAGUCCACCAUCAAUGUCUCCACCUCAAAAGACUCCGAGCCGUAGAUCGUUAGGGAACAGGACAUCUGGGGAUACGUUGCGGAGCCCACCCACUACUACCAAUGCCCAGCUCCUGAAAGCAAAGCGAUCCGUACCAGCGUUGCGUAACGUACAAUCCGGGAUAACACCCAUUGCACGACCCCCUUCUCGACAAGAUUGCACCACUAGGCCCUCAAAUUCGUCUCGUCCUAAAACGCCCACCGCUGAAUCUCGCCUGGCUAGCGGCCGUCGCCCCUCUGUUCCUUUUCUCCCAGCUGGAGCAGCGCACAAUAAGUCCCACCAUGUUAACGUUAAAACUCCCCGACAUUAUCGACGUACCGAUUCGGACAGCUCGGCAGACUUAUUUUCGAACCCGCGUUCAACAUCCGGACUCUCCAACCGUGACCAUCCGGAAACUCCAGGGCGUUUUCGAUUUGAUCUUGGCCCAGAAUCUUUAGCUGCUACCGUAAAACAAACGAUUACCAGACCUAACAGGCGCAGAAAUUUUGGCGAUGGCUCAGAGUUGGACAUUUUCGAUGAUCUUCCAACCUCAGCUUCCCUAGAGAGCAAGUUUGUCAAACAUCCGAUAAAGUAUGGUGUUCCCAGGUCUAUGAGAAACAGACUUAGCCAGUACCAUAUUGUACCUCCCCCCAUGGCCCACAACCCAAUCCCACGCCCCCAUACCAGCCCUACAAAGCACGACUUUACUCCUCGAUUUGCGCGAGACACCAAUGCCUCGAGAAAUGCCAGAGAGCAGCGAAUUGCUUCAAUGACCUUUGCGCAAAAUCGUGAGAUUACACCGUUGGUCCCUCUUAGUACAAACUGGAAAUCCCCAGGCCCUGUACGGCCUCCGCCUCAUAAUUCCAUAAAGAAUCGUCGUGGAAAGGGGUCAGGUGACCAUAAACCCCAUCUUAUAAAACCUAUGGGUGCCGGCGUCCAUGAAGCAAAAUCCAUCAAGGGAAUGCGAUACAAUCCGGCAACGUACAAAUGGGAAGGUAAUGAAAAUGCAACAGUUGAAUUUGAACAAAUCCCAUCGCCAAGAUCCCCCAGAGCCGCACCUGCCCUCAUCACUCAUGUUGGGGCUACAUCUGGCGUCCAAAUCGUAGGGGGAAUGGUAUUUGAUCCUCAGCGCAUGUGCUGGUUAAAAGUUGCCGCGACCCAAUCUGGCAAGGAGAACAUCACACUCGCUCCUGACGAGGAAGAAGUCCUAGCAGGCCUAGAUGAUCUACAAGAACGUCCGCAAAAGUCAUAUAAUGUCCCGAGAGAAGCGCAGACCUCGAGCGAUAUGACGGCCCUGGAUAAUAUCGUUAACCUAGAAGACAAAAGUGCUGGUGAAUCAUCCGAUGAAUGGCCAAUUACGGAGGAAUUCGAUGUUGGCCCAGAGUUCAUCAAGAGGCAGCGUGCGGAAGAAGAAAAGUGGAGACGGAAGGUGAGCAAGUGGGUCACCGCAGACCGCACAGCGCAUGGUGAUGGAUGGAGAUGGGCGAUUCGAGAUAUGGUAAGAUCGGAUCUCACGAGUACCCAUUCGACGGGUAGAAACUAAUUGUUCCGUUUAAUUUCCUCGAAAAACCCCCUAUAAUGAGCUGCUGUUGUCGCAGCAGACAUCGUCCAUAGACUUCAAUGGCGUACACUAAUUUCGCUUCGUGUUCUUUUUAUUAUUCCCACUUUAUAGGCGAAAUAGACCCAUGCCACCGUCUCUGUAGUAUUUUCGGAUGACUUGGCCAUGAGCUCUUUCCCUUUUCCUGUAUCCCCUCUUCUUGUACUUGGUUACGAUAGAGCAUUUACGACGAACAUGCCGCCAUGAUUGCCCAGGGCUAAUUGCAUGCCAUGCAUGCCCUUGAUGACUUUACGAAAUCCCCAAAAAUCAGAACAAAAGUUGUCCUCGCUUGACAAUCGUGUAUUAUCUAUCAAUGUUGCCCCCUGAACGAGUUUCCUAUUAUAUAUGUAUCCCUUGGCUUUGUUAGUUUCCGUUGCUCCCUCUUGUGCUCCUUUCCCUGUCAUUGCUUUUGCUCACGCACCCUUUCUCACCUACCGAUGCAUGUAUUGUCUGUACUUAGUAACCAUUUAACUAUGCCGACCAUUUGAGUUUGUUCAUUUUUGCUUUUACUACAAUAGAAUGUUCAGAUGUUCUCGGUUACCGCUAUUCGUCUACCCUCGCCUGUCCAGAAUGUUUUUCUGUCUUAAAUUACUUUCACCAUAAGCCGUGGACGGGGGUGCAAACAACACUACGUCUCAAUUCAUUCUCCAGAUACGUGGCAGUAGACUUCCGGUUCCUCGACCAACAGCUAUUUGAUAUCGAAUGCCGCUCGCAGUGACAUACCGAUUCCCGAUCCUCUGAACGUCUACAUCGGUAAGACAUCUUGAGUUGCCUUUUCUUUAUUCCUUGUGGUCGACUGUCGGCGAAGGGCGGGUUAGUCAGGCGGAUGACGAUUACAUGUCCUGAAACCAAAAGCCGACUUGGCAAGGCAUGGGACAAUAUCCGGCCUCCUUCCGUUCUUUUAUGCUCACAGCACAGGAACAACGCAGUUCCCGUACACAGCCUCAGUGGAUGAAAGGCCGGAAACAAUGCAGGCGUAAGCAUACAUGUCUAUUGCAUAAUGAGCGUCAUGUAUGCUUGCGCCUGCUUGCAGGUAAUGGAUGUGAUAUCUUUUUUUACCUUGUCUUGAGCACCUUCUGGAGUUAAUACCUCACUCAGACGAAAUGCUGCGUAUUUUCCUCUACAGACUAGGCCACAAGCAAGAAGAACGCCCCAAGAUCUGGAUGUUAAUCAAGUUCUAUGAAACCUAUGCCCAUUAGGCCCCGACUUCCCCCUCAGACCCUCUUUCUUCCCGCCACUCCCUUCCAACCGCAUCCUCUCGCUUCCAACAAGUCCACAUGAAAGGAUCAAAUGACAGAAAAGCGAUCGUUGAAUCUAUCGCGGGCACCCCCGCAUAACGCUAUAUACGGGCAUUUUUCAGCAGCAUUGCAUCCAUGGAUAACAGUAUACUCCCGACUGGGCCGGGCUUCCAAAAGCAAAGCACACCAGGGAAGGGAAGGGGGAAAAUGGGGGAUUCGAGUUUGCAGCGUGACAGUGAGCGCGUGAGAGCCAGGCUCAAUCGAAAUAAAUUAGGUACCUCAGGCACACGUAGAGCCAACUCAAAAAAGAAAAGCUGCAUUCGGUCUUGGACCGGUUACUGCGAGCUACGGCAUGCUAGGUGUAAUGCACACAUCUCUCGGGCGCUGUGGCGGGAAGUGUGUUUGCUUCUUUCUUUUCUCAUUCCAGUUAGUUAGGACGAUCCAACCUCCCUUGGUGUCAUAUGAGGUAGAUAAAGUUUUUGUGCAAUGUUGCACAUUGGAUGAUAUCUGUGUAAAAGAAAAAGUACCUGGUACAACCUCCCACACGACACAAAAGCAGGAUGCGCUCAUCAUACCUUUCAUGCUAAAGUACCCGCUACUAUACACAGACUAUGCAGAAUGACACUGAGUAACUCAAAACGGGAAGCCGAGAGAAGCAAUAGAAGAAUUCCCACUGCGGACAAUCAACUUCUUUCUCAGUCUGCUUUCCUAUCAUUUGAAGGCCCAUUUGACGGCCAGCACUUGAUUCCGCGCGGGUUAGUUUGGACUUAUUUGCAUAAAGCGUAUCGUCCAUUGGAAAUAUGUUAGAUGCUGGUUCGACGUGUAAAAUUGCGCACACCAUUACAUAGCCGUCAAAAAACAAUACCAUAAAAAGCAUCUCCUUUCCAGCAAGAGCAAAACAGAGCGAGAAAGAAAAGGAACGACAGAAAAUGGAAGGGGUAAACUGUCAGCUGUAUCCACUUGCGCCCCAUCCUUGCGGGGGGCAAAAGGGGAAAAAGACAACUGAUCUGAAAACGAACGAUGCCAUUGGAUUCCUGGCUGCUUGGCUAGCUAGUGAGUGGUCCAUUCUGUAAGAAGUCUGAUGCUCCCCGAAGCACUGGGCAUGGGCAAGGUUGGACUAGGCCUUUCGAUUUGGACUUGCGUAGUCCCAUGGAAACGACCCCCCCCUUCCCAUCCACUUUUGAUCGAUUCGAUCCAUUUGUAGACGUUGGCAGAUCGUAACCAACACUGUAAAGCCGCUUGCUGAGCAUUUAUUGGUUUCGUGGCAGCAAAUUCCCAUACGAGGGGGGGUUAUUGAAAUUCGUCACCUCGAUAUCGCUAACUAAUCCGUUGAGAUUGAAUAUAUGUGUGUCUGUGUGUGUGUGUGUGUGGAUAGAGGGACUGAGUGACCAGGGACAGGGGUGCCCCUGGUAAAGAUGGGAAGAUCCACUUUCAGUCUUGACAGUGGCUGGGGAGAUGAAUGGCAUUCUUGGAGAUGGAUAGGUGCUUUCCCUUAAGCCAUUGGACAAUGACGCUGAGCUUGAAUUGAAAUUUGAGCAGCGCCCCCUUUGCAACACAAGAACACAACUAGAGGCUUCCAUGCUGGUAGAGAAAGAUAAAAAGAGACGGUCCGGGAGAGAGAGCAAGGAUACCUACCUACAGCUUGAUUGAUAGGGGGAUUGUUUUGUAUUUUCUUGUAUUCUGUUUUCACCCAACCUGGAGGGUAGCCUGGGUGAAAGGGCAGUGAUUGUAGCUUGAGAAACCCUGUAGUAUAUGAGGUCUCGUAAUUCGCAGGCAGGCCCCAGUUUUCAAGGAUCUCCAAUCUCCAGAUCUAGGAUAGCAGCAGAUCGGAUUUUCGAGAAUGAUUCCCCGCUUGGCAAGGUAGGUCGAUGGCGAAAAAAAAACAUAGAAUGGCGCCUGCUGAUUGGGUUUCACAACACCAACUGUAUCGAAAAACCGUCCAAUGCCGAAUUUUGAGUCUCUGGAUGAAGAAUCCUUGAAGGGAGUGGCUAUUUAGAUGAGGACGAUGACAUGCAUUAUAGCCAGUCCCAUUUCGUCUUCUGGCCCAUUUAUUGUCUUGCUCUUUCUUUGUCCCGAGCAUCCGAAUGCUGUUAGAGAGCCUCAUAAUAGCUUCUUAAUCAAAACACCUUGUUGCGUCAUGUCAAUCAAGACGUGUGACAUAAGACCACAUAUAAAUCUACCCGCCUUCUUGUGAAACUGAUUAGAGGAUCUCAUCCGGCAGUGUUGAUAGAUUUAAACUUGCCACCAGAGGCGGACACAAAUAAAGGGCCUGAUGAAAGCUCGAAAUAGCUUGAGAAAUGUAUCAAUAAACAAGGAUACCCACUGAAUAUCCAU